AUGCUUCCAAAAAAUCCUUAUAAGAAACCAAUUGCUCGUUAUUCAAAACAUGGGUGUAUUAAUUGUAAGACCUCACACAUAAAGUGUGAUGAAGAAAAACCACAAUGUUCAAAUUGCGCUAAAAAAUCAAAAGCAUGUACGUAUGAAAAUAAUUUUAUAAUAGGUCCUAUUCAACCAAAGAGUAAAAAAAGACAAUGCCUAAAGAAAAAUUUAUCAAAUAUCGAUAUUGAUAAGAAUGUAAAAGAUAGUUCUAGUAAGAAAUUUCGGAAACAGCAUUAUAAAAAUACCAUUGAGCUUGAGGAUAAGAACAGCGCAAAAAUCACAGACAUUAAUAAUCAGAAAUUAUCUGUACAAACUGUUACAUCUAAUAACAUUAACCAGUCUGAGCUUAAUAUUAAUUUCUCAAAAGAAACAAAUCCGAAUUCGAAAUUAAUUCAACCAUCAUCCGAAAAGAUAGCAUUAAAACAUCAUCCAUUUACUUUUACUAGUAAUUUCUCCAAUAUAAUUCCAACGAAUAAUUCGAUGGCUGUAUCUGUUAUUCCACCUGUUUCAUUCACAAAUCAUACCUUAUCCAAGGCCAAUAAUCAUGAAAUAAGUGAUGCAACUAGUAACAAUAAUAACGUUUCUACAAUAUCGACUUCAAAUGCUAAUAAUGUGCCUCAGGUACAAUCCAUUAGUAAAGAUAAUGUUUCAAAUUUUGAAGAUAAUGAAGCUGUACUUACUUUUAUUAAAAACAAUACAUUUUAUAUACUAGGUGAUGGAACAGAUUGCCGAAAUUUUUUCCCAAUUGAUGAUAUCAAAGCUAUAUUUAAUCCCAAUAAUCAUAUAUCUUCAUCAGAUUACCAAUUCUUUGAACCAUUCACAGUAGGUAGCCAAGACUGGUUAAAUAAUUUCGAUAGAUAUUCUAACUCAGUGUAUUAUUUUUGUCUUGAAGAUGAAGAGGUACGAUCAUUGAUUGAUAAAGAUCCUAUAAAGAUAAUAUGUGAAACUAGCAUGACGGACAGAGAUGGAUUAAGUAGUUUUUCAUUAAGGGAUGAUGAUUUAAAAUAUUUUUGUUGGAAAUUUUUCAAGGCAACAAAAUCAGCUAGCUUUCAAAGUUUAUUUUCGCCUCGUACCUUAGAUGAUUAUAUGUACAUUCUACGAAGGUUUGGUAAUCACUUUGAUAUCUUAAAUAAUAUUAUUCAAUGUUUAGUUGCAAGUAUGAUGUCAAGAAUUUAUUCAAUCCAUAAUGAAAAUAAAUUAUAUAAAAUUUGGAAUGAUCACGUCAGAUUACCAACAAUGAAACUAUGCUUAGAUGGCGUUGUUGGAUUAAGUAAAAGUAAUACUACGUUUUUAACAUUAAUGGUACUUGAAGUUGUAGUUAUUCAAACUUUAGGCUUAGUUAUCGGUAGGCCACAUAAUAAGUGGAGACAACAUCUGGAUCAAUGCUUUACAAUAUUUGAAAAAUCUGAAAAAUUAUUGAAUAAAAAUAGAGACAUAACUGAAAGUGAAUUGGAUUCUUUCUCGGUCUUCAAGAUAUUUAGGACAUUUAUUGCUCACAUUGAGAUUUGUGCAUAUCUGACAUGUGAUAAUGGUGGAUCUCUUCAAGUAUAUGAAAGAUUAAAAAGUAUAUUAUCGCACACAACUUAUUAUGAUAAGUUUUUAAUUGGAAAUAAAUUUAAUAUUCAAACUGGGUAUGUUGUAAAUACACAUCCCCUGUUAAUGAAGGUCGUUUUAAAUUUGGUGGAAUUAAAGUUGACAAAAAAUAUAUGUUUAUUUGGAAAUAAUAUCAUUAAACUAAAGUCAUAUAAAAAUAAAGAUCGUGAACUGGCAGAUAGUAUGAAUACCUUUGGAUUACAAAUACUCGAAGAAAUUUCAAAACUCGAAAUAAUCAGGGGAAAUAUAGAAAACGAGCUUUUUUCGGAUGAUUGCAGCAAAGAGCUUGUAUUUACCAGUAAACGUUGCCAAUGGUUAGUUAAUUUAUCGUUAAAAUUAUACAUACAAACUUUUUAUCUAAAAAAAACCAACAAUGAGUUGAUUAAAGAAGAUACUGCCAAGUUUUUCUUGUUAUGGAGCUCUUUACCUUCAUUAGAUAAACCAGGAAUUUUAUGUCAAUGGACUAUCUAUUUAGUAGCAGUUGUAUGCAUAGCAAUGUCAGAUGAGUUCUAUUAUAACCACCUUUGUACUAUGGUGAAACGACGGGCUGAUUGUGGGAUUCCAGGUGCCGCAGUUUUAUACAAGAAGCUUUUGAUUAUGAAGCCUAAUUUUGAAGCCACAGAUUACGAAAUGCUUGUGAUGCCUGAUUAUGACUGUUUUGUCAUCUAA